GGAACUAUGGUGCUAGUGGAAUGGAAGCUUUCACGGCAAUUGCCAAAAAAGCAGGACUGUGUAUUGCUACUGCCGAGAAAGUAAAGAAUAACGCAGAUUAUGAGUCUUACAACACCGUCAUCAGGAACUUAAAGGAAACACCAAACGCUCGCGUCGUCGUCUGCUUCUGUGAGGGCAUGACAGUAAAAGGGCUCCUGAAUGCCACGACGAGGUUAAACGCCGUUGGGGAAUUUCUGUUUAUUGGAAGCGAUGGGUGGGCGGUCAGGCCCGAUGUCGUGAAGGACCUGGAGGAGGCCGCUGCAGGCGGCAUGUCAAUACGGCUCCAUUCCCCGCCGUUAAGAGCCUUCGAUCAGCAUUACUUCAACCUCAGCCCAUUUGAGCCAAACAGAAAUCCCUGGUUCCAAGAUUUCUGGCAAGAGAAGUUCCAGUGCUAUAUAAAUGGGGACAACAGAGACAAAAGAUUCUCUGCUCCUUGCACAGGUUCUGGCGAAGAAGAUCUUAGUAUUAACUACGUCCAAGAUGCUAAGUUAGGGUUUGUUGUAAACGCUAUCUACACCAUGGCCCAUGCACUCCACAACAUUCACCAGCUCGUCUGUAAUGGCCGCCCUGGGGUCUGUCCCGGAUUCCUCCCUGUUAACGGAUCCAUUUUCCUCAGCCAUCUUAUUAAUGUGUCUUUCACAAACUACGCCAAUGAAUCUCUUUACUUUGACCAGAAUGGGGAUCCACCAGGAAGGUGA